AUGACGUCGAAAAACAGGGCUCGUAGCCAGAUGGCCAAGAGAGCUCCACGCGAUGCGAACGGCCGUUUCACGCCGCGCACCACCAAGACUGUCCGUCGCGUCGUCAAGGAUCGCAGUCGUUCCAGUUCUCGCUCCGCGUCUUCCGGAUCCAGCACGAGAAGCCGCAGCCGCAGUCGGCGCCGUCCGAAGACCCGUCGUGCCGUGUCGAGAAGCCGUCGCAGCUCUUCUCUCCACACCGCCCGUUCUCCGAGGUGAGCUGAGUAAACAAAAAGCUGCGAGACUCAUCGUACACACCACAACUUUCAGUCCCAAGUCGUCGCGCUCGUCCAGACGCUCUGUCUCCGCCGCUCGGGACCGUUCAAGUUCUCGCCGUUCCGCCCGUUCGGCCAAGAAACGCUCGACUCCUCGCCGCUCGGUCUCCAAACGUUCGCGCUCUUCUUCGUCGAGUCGCUCGGCUUCCCGCUCCCGCUCGAGCUCGCGACGUUCGAAGAAAGCGUCGAAGAGCAACAAGCGUUCGGUUCGGUUAGUCUCCACUUUUUAUCGAUUUUUAUUUGAAUUUUCAGCGAAUCGGGUGCCCACAAAAGCAGCGGACGUCGCGGCCGAUCGUCGCAUUGCGGUUGAAGUUUCCCGCAGAGUUAUUUGAGCUCAAUAAAGAUCCGGUGGCGCUUUUUCCUUAA